UACACAAGUUCCAGAGUUACUACAGCGAGGAGGUGCGAUUGCUUACCUGGGAAAGCUACGUCUUUUACCGGAGGCAGAAUGGGGGACAUUAAAAAGGGGAAGAAGGUGUUCAUGCAGAAGUGCGCACAGUGCCACACAGUGGACGAAGGUGGGAAGCACAAGGUGGGGCCAAACCUGCACGGGCUGUUCGGCCGCAAGACGGGACAGGCGCCCGGAUACUCCUACACACAGGCCAACAUUGAUAAAGGUAUCGUCUGGGGUGAGGAGACUCUAAAGGAGUACCUGCACAAUCCUAAAAAGUACAUCCCAGGAACCAAGAUGAUCUUCUCUGGCAUCAGGAAGAAGAAGGAGAGAGAGGACCUGGUGGCAUACCUGAAGGAGGCCACCUCUUCAUAGGCACUCUGACUUGACAGCACACAUGAAAACAUCCAAUACCUACCUCGCCCUGACCUGGGGGUGGACUGACUGUAUUUAUUACCAGAUUUUCAUUUUCUUCGGCUUUUUAUGCUGAGGAUUUUGUUGUUUUGUAACCAGGCCUCUGUGAAAAGACUUUUAUAAAGGCAGUGACUCAGUCUGUGGAAUGUUCUGGAAUGCUCUCUCCUCCUCACCAGCACAAACAGGAUAUUAUUCUCAAGGUGGACUGCAGUUUCCCUGCGAUCUGGCUUCAUGUAAGACAAGACUGAACUCAGGAGCUGAAAUUCAGUCCACAUUGUAUACUUGACCUCAUUAUCUAAUUCUGUAGCCUCUCAUUGGUUAAAUGGGGGUGUGGUGUCUGUGUCACAUUUUAUUCUCUUAAAUUUAUAGGACUGUUAUUCUUUAGUUGCAUGUUUGUGUAAGGCUAUACUUUACAUAAAAUGUUUUUAUAUUAACAUUUACAUCUAAGACAUUAUCUUUCUCAGUUGUUUACAGAUGGCACUGAAAAUGCUUUCAUAAAUUUUAUGCUGAAAUAUUUACCAAUUAUUUUUAUUAUUCCCAGGAAAUCAC